AUGUACCCCACCUGCUUCUAUUAAGUCGUAAGCAGGGAUGGAAAUUGCCAUACGAAUGUUGUUCUCCUCAACAGCGUCAACCAACAACGCAUCUCGACUUCUUCUUCGAUUCUGUGUGUCUAUUUCUCCUCCAUCCUCCAUUAACGCUGCUGCUAUUCCUAGUUCUGCAAAUAUCAAAUACUCAUCUCUAUUCAGAUUUGGUGCCCUAACUUCAAUGGACAACUACACCAAUCCCUCUUCUUCUUCGUCUAAUUCUUUUUCUGCUUUUGCUAAUUCAAGAACAAGUGGUUGUGGUAGAGGAAGUAAUAGAGGUACACAGAUGAGAGAUGGUCGAGGAGGAGGUCGCGGUGGUGGUGGUGGUGGAGGAAGAGGAGGAGGUCGUGGUGGUGGUGGGGGUGGGGGAAGAGGAAGAGGAGGAGGAGCUGAUAAAAUCGAUGCCCUUGGUAGACUCUUGUCAAGAGUAUUGCGGCAUAUGGCUGUGGAAUUGGGUUUGAAUAUGAGGAGUGAUGGCUAUGUGAAAGUGGAUGAUCUAAUGAAGUUGGAUAUCAAAACAUUCGCCAACAUUCCGCUAAAGUCGCACACAAUUGAUGAUAUUAGAGAGGCAGUCAGGAGGGAUAAUAAACAGCGUCACGGCCUCUUGGAAGAGAAUGGGGAGCUGUUGAUACGUGCAAACCAAGGCCACACUAUAAAGACAGUUGAAUCCGAGAGCUUAUUAAAACCCAUUCUUUCAGCUGAAGAAGCUCCAGUUUGUGUGCAUGGAACCUAUAAAAGAAAUCUAGAGUCAAUUUUGAAGAGCGGCCUUAAACGUAUGGAAAGAUUACAUGUUCACUUUUCAAGUGGUAUGCCAACUGAUGGAGAAGUAAUUAGCGGAAUGCGGCGGGAUGUUAAUAUCAUGAUUUUCUUAGAUGUCGGCAAGGCUUUGAAAGAGGGAAUGAAGUUUUAUUUAUCAGAAAAUAAGGUGAUUUUGACGGAAGGAUUUAACGGUAUUGUGCCUGUCAAAUACAUUAUGAAGAUUGAAACGUGGCCAGGUCGACAACCAGUACCGUUUUAGUCUGAAGCUAGGAAAUAAAUGAGAUGGAUUGUUUUGUUUUUGAACCAAAAGCAAAUCAUCUGGUUGAUUUUUAUUUCUUCAAGUGCUUUGACAGAAUCCUUGUUGUUGUAAAUUUUGUUUGGAUGAGAAUUCCAAAUACCGGUGCCCUUAUGUGUGGAUAGGUGUGAGCAUUUAUAACUGGCACAGUAAUACAUAAGCAAUCUUAAGUUAAACAGCCUUGAUUUUUCCUGGAGAAGAACCAUUCCUGUAUCGGCGACAAAAGUUCUAUAAUGACUUGCUGUUGAAUAUGAAACACUAUCUGGCUAUAGAAUCCAGAUCUUUCAGUAA